AUGCAAGCAUAUCAUCCUCAACAUCCUGUCUCCAUUCAGCCUCUUAACAAGUUGGUGGCUAUCUUAAAACCCCAAAACUUGACUCUGCAUGAAAAAAGUGAGGUCCUAAGAACAGAUAUGUCUUGGCAUCAGGAAACCCUUACUGCUAUGGAAACAUAUGACUCUGAGGAGUCUCGUCAAAAAUUCAGACAUUUCCAGUAUUCAGAAGUGUCUGGACCCCAUGAAGCCCUGAGCAAACUCUGGGACCUCUGUCGUCAGUGGCUGAGACCAGAGAUUCAUUCAAAGGAGCAAAUCCUAGAACUUUUGGUGCUGGAACAAUUCCAGACAAUCCUCCCUGAAGAAGUCAGGGCUUGGAUAAAUUUACAGUAUCCCAAGAACAGCAAAGAUGUGGUGACUCUCAUAGAAGAUGUGAUUGAAAUACUCAAAGACAAAGAUACACCCUUAGAGAACUGUGUCCUUCAAAAUGGGAGCACAAAGGAGAACAUGGAAGCUGACUCACUAACAGGGAAGCCUCAGGAACCAUUGACAUUCAAAGAUGUGGUUGUGGAAUUCACCAAGGAAGAGUGGGGGCAACUGGACCCUGCUGUAAAGAACCUUUACAGGGAUGUGAUGCUGGAGAACUAUAGGAACCUGCAUUCAUUGCAUAAAGCUCAUCCACUUUCCAAACCAGUUGAGAUCCCCAAAUUGGAGAGUAAGAAAGAAAGAUGGAUAAUGGAGGGAGAAGUCCCAAGAAGGACCAUUUGGGAUCAAGAUUCAGUUCCUAAGCAGAGGGCUUCUACAGAAGAAUCAUCCUAUGGAGUAAAUAUGACAAGGUUUACCAAAAGUGAACAUCCUUUCUUGGAAGACUGGAAAAGUGAGGAUUGGUUACAUGGAAUCCAGAAAAAUCAGAACGUAAGUUUGCUGCAAGAGGUUUCUAAUCAUAAAACUGUCUGCAYAGAGGAGGGAGACUCUGAAUGUAAUGAAAAUAAGAAAAGCUUUAAUUCAGUUAGCUCUAUAUGGGAUAUACAACAGGGAAUUGCUAUGAGAAAGGGUCUCACAAAAGAACACAAGUUUAAAACUAAUUUCAAAUCCAAUUCAGAAUUAGUGGGUAAGAAACAUUUAGAAUAUAAUGAAUGUGGAAAUGCCUUGAAUCUAAGUACACAUAUUAUUCAAUCCCCCAAAAGUCACACAAAAAUGAAUUCCUAUGAAUGUUAUCAAUGUGGAAAAGCCUUCAGCAGGACUUCAUCCCUCAUUCGACAUCAGAUCAUUCACACUGGAGAGAAACCCUAUAAAUGCAGUGAAUGUGGGAGAUUGUUCAACCGAAAUACAAACCUUAUAAAACAUAAAAAAAUUCAUACUAAGGCUAAGAUUUAUGAAGACAAUAAAAGUGGAAAAGCCUUGUGUAAGAGUGAAGACAAUAAUAAAAACCCAAGACUCCAUUCUGGAGACAGUUCCUAUGAAUGUGUUGACUGUGGAAAAUCCUUCAACCGCAGCUCUUCCCUUAUUCGACAUCAGAUGAUUCAUACAGGAGAGAAACCAUUCAAGUGUAAGGACUGUAAGAAAACCUUCAACAGACAUUCAAACCUUAUUAAACACCAAAAACUUCAUGCUAGAGAUCAAUCCUGAAAAGGAAGAAAUACUAGAAAACCUUCAGUCAGAGUGUAGAACUCAUUCAGCAUCCAUGAAUUUUUGCUAGAGG